CUAGAAUUUGUGACGGGCCAGAUCACGAGUCAUACUAGCGAUCGCAAACAUAGAUAGCCCGGAUGUCCUCUUGUACCCGGGUAAGGUUUUGUUGGAUUUGUUGGACAUUGAAAAAGGAUUAGUUGAUUUUGUUACCAAACUGAAAUAAGAAGCCGAAACAGCAUCGGAUCGUUCGCCUCGUAUUGACCUACAACAGCGACUUCAUUCCUGCUACUUCUUUUCCAGGUGGGAUCAAGAACGUUCCAGAAGAAAUGGCAGUGGUUGCAUCUGCUCCUGGGAAAGUUCUGAUUACUGGAGGUUACUUGGUUUUGGAGAGGCCUAAUGCAGGGAUUGUGUUAAGUACAAAUGCGCGAUUCUAUGCGAUUGUUAAACCGCUUUAUGAUGAACUUAGACCAGACAGUUGGGCUUGGUCAUGGACGGAUCUGAAGUUAACUUCUCCCCAAAUGGGUCGGGAAACCAUGUACAAAAUGUCAUUAAAGCACUUUGCUCUUCAGUGCACAUCAAGUGAAGCAAGAAACCCUUUUGUGGAAUAUGCAGUGCAAUAUGCAGUUGCAGCAGCAUACUCAACAUUUGAUAACGACAAGAAGGAUUUACUGCAGAAACUUCUUUUGCAAGGUUUUGAUAUUACAAUUUUAGGCAGCAAUGACUUCUACUCCUACCGGAAUGAGAUUGAAGCACGUGGGCUCCCGUUAACGCCGGAAUCAUUAGCAUCUCUCCCGCCAUUUUCUUCAAUUACAUUCAACACCGAACAGUCAGACGGUCAAAACUCCAAGCCUGAAGUUGCAAAAACUGGUCUGGGUUCGUCUGCUGCUAUGACGACAUCAGUGGUUGCUGCUCUACUACAUUACCUUGGGGUGGUUAAUCUCUCAUCGUAUAGCGGGGCCCAACAUCAAGAAAAUUUGGAUGUGGUGCAUAUUAUAGCCCAAACGGCUCAUUGUAUGGCUCAGGGGAAAGUUGGUAGUGGCUUUGAUGUCAGUUCAGCUGUUUAUGGAAGCCACCGUUAUGUACGGUUUUCACCCCAAGUUAUUUCUUCUGCUCAGAAUGCAAUCAGGGCUAUGCCGCUAGAAGAUGUGGUUGCCGAUGUCUUAAAGGGCAAGUGGGAUCAUGAGAGGACUAAGUUUUCCUUACCGCCAUUAAUGAAUCUGUUGCUAGGUGAACCAGGUACCGGAGGAUCAUCUACUCCGUCUAUGGUCGGCGCUGUCAAAAAAUGGCAGACAUCAGACCCUCAACAUUCAUCGGAUACAUGGAAACGCUUAUCAGGGGCAAAUACGAAACUUGAAGCACAAUUAUCUUUAUUGAGUAAAUUGGCGGAAGAUUAUUGGGAAAUAUAUAAAAGUGUCAUUUACAGCUGCAGCAUGUAUCAAUCAGAGAAGUGGGUAGAGCAAGCCAGUGAAGCAGUCGGUCAAGAAAUUGUGAAAGCGUUAUUUGGAGCUAGGGAUGCGAUGCUUAACAUUAGGUCUGAGAUGAAGCUGAUGGGAAUGGCUGCAGGGAUCCCUGUAAAUACUCUUUUCACUUCUUUUGGACAUCUUCAUCGUGUAAAAAAUGGACCAUGUGCUUUGGUAGCGGGUCAAACGUGUUCAGGUCAAAAUGAGUCGUUUUUUAACAAGUGGAAACGGAUAGAACCCGAAUCACAAACCGAGCUUCUAGAUGCCACCAUGAACAUGUGUGGAGUCCUGUUGGCAGGUGUUCCUGGAGCAGGAGGAUUUGAUGCUGUAUUUGCAGUUACUUUAGGCGAUUCAGGCAAUAAUUUGGCUAAAGCUUGGAGUUCACACAAUGUUUUGGCCUUGCUGGUUAGGGAAGAUCCGCGCGGUGUUUGUAUAGAGAAUUCUGAUCCAAGAACCAAUCAAAUCACUUCGGGCAUGUCGUCAGUUAGCAUCGUGUGAAAUGCCAUUUGUUAGUUUAUUCAUUCAUGAUUACCAUAUUAUUGUUUUGAGAGUAAGUAUGACCUUCCUAAGACAGAUUGAACAAGUUCUUUUGUUGUAUUAUUUUUAAAUUCUGUAACACAUAAAUAAAAUAGUCUUGAGUUAUUAGUUUUGAGAA